CGGUCACCGCCCUUGUCCGGCUCCUCCCGGAUGGAACAAGAAGACAAACACGGUGUGUGUGAAGGCCCGGACUCAGAAGAUACAGGGAUGGGCUCCGAUUUUGAGAACUCCGAGGACAGGGAAGGGGACCCUGACGAGAGAGAAAUGGUUUCCAAGGCACAGGACGCAGACAAGAGAGGCGGCCACCCGGAGCAGGAGAUGGGCUCUCACCCACGGGAGGAGCGGGAACUGGUGUCUGACAUCUGCACAGAGGGGCUGCUGAGUGAGGAAGCAGUUCUGCGGGAGGAAGAGGAUGGCCAGUCUGGUGCGGCUGCGGUGGCAGCGUUCCCAGGACUGUCUGAGGCCCGCAGCACAUCCCGGAGCCCCCGGGAGGAGGAGGGGCCGCCGCCCCCACCGGUGCUUCCCUGGAGGCGGCACCUCUCCCUGGGGAGCCGGCACCCGGGCGACAAGCCGGCCCACCGCCGCUUCCGCCGGCUCCACCACCCCAUGGCCGUGGACCUCGGGGAGCUGGACAGCCUGAUGGCCAGCAUCAUGGAUGCGCCCACCAUCUGCCCGGACUGCGGGGAGAGCUUCAGCCCGGGCGCCGCCUUCCUGCAGCACCAGCGCAUCCACCGCCUGGCGGAGGCGGCCGCCGCGGUCAGCCUGGAGCCCUUCGGCCUGGCGGCGGAGUGCGGCGCGGUGGUGGGCGUGGCGGGGGGCUUCGGCCCGGGCCCCGCCUUGGCCCGGCCCCCGCGCGAGAAGCCCUUCCGCUGCGGGGAGUGCGGCAAGGGCUUCAGCCGCAACACCUACCUGACCAACCACCUGCGCCUGCACACGGGCGAGCGGCCCAACCUGUGCGCGGACUGCGGCAAGAGCUUCAGCUGGCGCGCGGACCUGCUCAAGCACCGGCGGCUGCACACGGGCGAGAAGCCCUACCCGUGCCCCGAGUGCGGGGAGGCCUUCAGCCUCAGCUCGCACCUGCUGAGCCACCGGCGCGCGCACGCGGCGGCCAGCGGCGCGGGGCCGGCGGCGCUGCGGCCCUUCGCCUGCGGGGAGUGCGGCAAGGGCUUCGUGCGCCGCUCGCACCUGGCCAACCACCAGCGCAUCCACACGGGCGAGAAGCCGCACGGCUGCGGCGAGUGCGGCAAGCGCUUCAGCUGGCGCUCGGACCUGGUGAAGCACCAGCGCGUGCACACGGGCGAGAAGCCCUACAUGUGCUCCGAGUGCGGCGAGACCUUCAGCGUCAGCUCGCACCUCUUCACGCACAAGCGCACGCACUCGGGCGAGCGGCCCUACGUGUGCCGCGAGUGCGGCAAGGGCUUCGGCCGCAACUCGCACCUGGUCAACCACCUGCGCGUGCACACGGGCGAGAAGCCCUUCCGCUGCGGCCAGUGCGAGAAGCGCUUCAGCGACUUCUCCACGCUCACGCAGCACCAGCGCACGCACACGGGCGAGAAGCCCUACACGUGCAUCGAGUGCGGCAAGAGCUUCAUCCAGAGCUCGCACCUCAUCCGCCACCGCCGCAUCCACACGGGCAACAAGCCGCACAAGUGCGCGGGCUGCGGCAAGGGCUUCCGCUACAAGACGCACCUGGCGCAGCACCAGAAGCUGCACCUGUGCUAG